AAUACUAAUUUAAAUUACGAGCAAACGUAUUGUGCGUUUAUUUUUUAAAUACAUAAUAGAGUUGUGUAUGUACCUGGUUUUUUUUUAAAUAUCCUUACAACACAGAUCAGUGACUUCUUAUAGUGUUAGACAGUGACUAAUAGAAGAGAGAUUCAAAAUGAAUGGAGCUGUAGAAAACACAUACAACAUAUCGAUCGUGGAUUCAUAUCGGAAAUUCAUGGAGAGGAACAGCGAUCCGCGGACAGAAAACUGGUGGUUAAUGUCCGGCCCGGGACCACUUCUCACAUUGCUGGCGACAUACGUCUACUUCUGCACAUCAGUGGGACCUCGCUACAUGAGAGACCGGAAGCCUUAUGACUUGAAGAACCCAAUAAUACUGUACAAUGUAGUCCAAAUUCUGAUGAGUGCUUACUUGGUCUACGAGGGUCUUAUAGCGGGAUGGUGGAAUGACUACAAUUUUUCCUGUGAACCAGUCAAUUACAGUGAUGACCCCAAGGCCAAGAGGAUGGCCGCAGCAGUCUGGUGGUAUUUCGCGGCAAAAAUAAGCGAACUCCUCGAUACGGUGUUCUUCGUUCUUCGAAAGAAAAACAGGCAGAUUUCCUUUCUACAUUUAUACCACCAUUUCAUGAUGCCCAUUUGCGCUUGGAUCGGUGCAAAGUUCUUGCCAGGUGGACAUGGCACCCUACUCGGAGUUAUCAACUCUUUCAUCCACAUCAUCAUGUACUCUUACUACCUCAUCUCUGGUCUCGGUCCACAAUACCAGAAGUUCUUGUGGUGGAAGAAACAUCUUACAACAUUGCAAUUGAUCCAGUUCUGCAUAAUCUUCUAUCACAACUUCACCGUGAUGUUCAGAGACUGCAACUAUCCCAAGUUCAUCAACUUCCUUCUCUCUUUGAACGCUGCACUCUUCUUGUACAUGUUCGGAAACUUCUACUACAGAAAUUACAUCAAGCCUAAGCUGCAAAUCAACAAAACGCAACCUACCGAAAUUUCUGCCAACGGAAAAGCGAAAGAGUGCUAGUUAAAAGACUUUGUGGGCUUAUUUUACAAUCGCUAUUAGGAAAAAAACUACUAUAAGCAUGUUUAUUCUCAAUUUUACGUUAACCAAUUUUUGCUCAAUAAUCGAAAUUCGGCUACUAUCUAAAUACAUUUUAUGUAAUAUAUUUUCUUUUUUGUCUUACUAUUGAAACUUUGAAACGGUUGACGGUAUAUUCCUAAUUAUUAUUUCUAUAGCGACAACGGUCAACAAAAGCUAUAGAAAAAAAAUAGCUAACAAACAAAAAAGAAAAUGGCACUGAAUGUUAUUUGUCUUCCAAUUUAUAACCGAAUGUUAUGUAGUGAACAAAAAAAUCGUGACUGUUUUUUACGAAUACUAUAGUAAAUGAUAAAUACUCUAAAUAUACAUAUCGUUAGUACUCAAAUUAUAGUUUAAAUACUUAAAAUAGUUCAUCACAGAUACACUAAAUAUACUUAGCUAAAAUUUAGCAGAUGCCUGAUUAAUAGUCAUAAUGUGUGCCACUCAAUAUCAAGCCUUUUGAUUUCCAGCACAAUUUUAGAGCAUAUAUUUUUGCUAUAAAGAUAAUAAAAUGUCAAUAAUGGCGUUCAUAAUAUAAAAUCAUAAUAUGAAGUUCAUACGAGUGGUAAAAGGUAAUUUGGCUUAAGCGAUAUUUCCCUUAAUACGUGACAUUUUUCAUUGUAAUUAAAGGUGCGUUUUAUUUGGCAUUAGCAUCAACAG